AAAAAGGACGAGGACGAGCCCGCUGCGCCACAUCUACGUGCUCAAAACGAGUGGUUCAGCAGCACUGCUGUUUGUGCGCAACAGCACGGGGUUCAAGUAGAGGUGGAGGACAGUACUAUGCCUUCGAUGACUUUAGAUCUAGAUUCAAGAGUGGCUACCACUAUUUCUUUGACGACCCCAAAAGCCCGCUCUCCAAGCUCAGCAGCGUUUGCAGAUCAGGAAGUUGUUGAGGGCUUAUCCACCUACGAGGAAGUUCAUCCGGCAUCUUCACGACGUGGUGGCAGGGCAAGGAGUUGCACCAUAGAAGACCUAUUCUCCAUCGACGGCGAUUGCAUCGACAAGCAGGGAGAAGAUGACGUUGAAGGUGGAUCAAGCUUUCUACUGGAAGACUUUCCCUCCAUGAGGGGCUCCUCAGCCGAGUCUGCUGCGGGGUGGAUUAUGAACCAAGCACAAUCUGCGGUCAGCUGGUUCAGCCAUUCUUUUUCUGGUUCACCUGGAGAGGAGGCUCGUGGGCAUAAUGAAGCGCGCGCGGCUUGCCACCAGCUCAACAUCGGGACGCCUGACGAGAAGCCCACUGGAAUACGCAUUCAUCAGGACACAGGCUCGCUUCGCCCGGCUAGUUCCCCGUGGGUAGAAGAUAUGAGCCCUGAGAACUCUCCCGCAGGAGCUGGGCCAGCCGCCGCUGCGUCCGACUUUGUGAGGCGCGUCGCGUCCAACCUGAAGGCCGGUGCGGUUGCGCAACUCGAAGAGAAGCCGGAUUCAGUUCUUUCCUAUUUCUUUUCCUGGGGAAAUACUCACAUUGGAAGUGAGAACCUCGCCGCUCCUAAGAAUGCGCAUGCGAAUAUUGGAUCGACCUGGCGUGCCGAGGGCGGGGGAGCAGACGACCUGCCGCAUAAUCAUGCGACAGGAUGUGGCUCAAACGGCAUGCCAAGUGGAGGCACGCAAAAAGGCUGGCGCUCGACGUUCGGUAGCGGUGGGAGAGGAACGUGGUGCCCAAGUCGUAGGAGUGUAGACUCACGCAUGUCUUCCGGUAGCCCGGCCUCUUCGACCAGAAAAGAGAGCUGGCCAGGCAGUUGCGACUCUAGUACGGCCAUAAUAACCCCUGUCAAUCAACAUGGUUACAACAUCAACAACGAUUCCUAUAACGGUACUGGUAGGGCACAAGGACAUGGAUAUUCCGGUCGUGUUGGUGGAAGUGGAAAUUCAAAAAUCUUCCACUUUGACAACCACAACAACAACAGCAAUCGUGGAGGUCGUGGAGCAGGUAGCUGGUCCUCCUCAGAUAUGGACGACGGAUCGCGAGAAGCGUACGAUUAUCGGAGUCGUACUACAAGUACCCUAACGGACGAUCGUGAAGGAGGAGAGAGUGUUUGCUUCAUUUAA